GUCCCGGAGCUGAGUGCCCACGGCCCCACACCUCCCCAUGGAGAAAGGACUUGCUUUGCCCCAGGACUGCCGGGACUUUCUGCACAGUCUGAGAAUGAGAAGCAAAUAUGCCCUUUUCCUGGCUUUUGUGGUGGUGGUUUUUGUCUUUAUUGAAAAGGAAAAUAAAAUCAUAUCGAGGGUCUCAGACAAGCUGAAGCAGAUCCCCCAGUCCCUGGCGGAUGCCAACAGCACUGACCCAGCCCUGGCCUUGGCCGAGAACGCAUCCCUCUUGUCCCUGAGUGAGCUUGAUUCCGCCUUCACGCAGCUGCAGAGCCGCCUGCGAAACUUCAGCCUGCAGCUGGGCUUGCAGCCAGCGGAAGAGGUGCUGCUCAUGGCCACCACCCGCACCGGCUCCUCCUUCGUGGGGGAGUUCUUCAACCAGCAGGGCAACAUCUUCUACCUCUUCGAGCCGCUGUGGCACAUCGAGCGCAAGGUGACCUUCGAGCCGGGAGGCGCCAACGCGGCCGGCUCGGCCCUGGUCUACCGCGACGUGCUCAAGCAGCUGUUCCUGUGCGACCUGUACGUCCUGGAGCAUUUCAUCAGCCCGCUGCCGGAGGACCACCUGACGCACUUCAUGUUCCGCCGGGGCUCCAGCCGCUCCCUGUGCGAGGACCCGGUGUGCACGCCCUUCGUCAAGAAGGUCUUCGAGAAGUACCACUGCAAGAACCGCCGCUGCGGGCCCCUCAACGUGACGCUGGCGGCCGAGGCCUGCCGCCGCAAGGAGCACAUGGCCGUCAAGGCCGUGCGCAUCCGGCAGCUGGAGUUCCUGCAGCCGCUGGCCGAGGACCCCCGGCUGGACCUGCGGGUCAUCCAGCUGGUGCGCGACCCCCGGGCCGUGCUGGCCUCCCGCAUGGUGGCCUUCGCGGGCAAGUACGAGACCUGGAAGAAGUGGCUGGCCGAGGGCCAGGACCGGCUGAGGGAGGAGGAGGUGCAGCGGCUGCGGGGCAACUGCGAGAGCAUCCGCGUGUCGGCGGAGCUGGGCCUGCGGCGGCCCGCCUGGCUGCGGGGCCGCUACAUGCUCGUGCGCUACGAGGACGUGGCGCGCAGGCCGCUGGAGAAGGCCCGCGAGAUGUACCGCUUUGCGGGCAUCCCCCUCACCCCGCAGGUGGAGGACUGGAUCCAGAAGAACACCCAGGGCUCCCAGGACGGCAGCGGCAUCUACUCCACGCAGAAGAACUCCUCGGAGCAGUUUGAGAAGUGGCGCUUCAGCAUGCCCUUCAAGCUGGCGCAGGUGGUGCAGGCCGCCUGCGGCCCCGCCAUGCGCCUCUUCGGCUACAGAUUGGCGCGGGAUGCCGCCUCGCUCACCAACCGCUCCGUCAGCCUGCUGGAGGAGCGCGGCACCUUCUGGGUCACGUAGGGGGCCGGGGGCCACGCGCACCCCUCCUCGUGAAAGUCCCGCCCUGCCUUCCUCGCACCCGGGCCAGCGCGAGCCGAGCCGGAGGCGCUCGCAGAGGAUGGCGGGGAGCCGAGCGGUGAGCAGGCCCCCCUGCUGUAGAAGUAGCCCCCAGCCAGCUAGCUUCCCCGCAGCGGGGCGCUGGGGUGUGUUGCUGAGACCAGGACAGUGCUCUUCCUCUUUCGGGCCAUCAAACCCAGACGUAAGGGGCAGGCCUCAGCCUACUGACGGUCUCUCUCUCUCUUGUUCUCUCUCUCACACAUACACACACACACACACACACACACGCACACACACAGAGAAACAUACACGAAGCACCCAUAAAUGUCUGUAGACCCUGUGGGCACUGACCUCAGUCUGGAUUUCUAUGCAAUCUGGUGUGGAUUCUGGGUCCCUGGGGAGGGACUGGGACAGCCCAGGGUGUUAGAGGAUGGCACUCGAGGCUUACCAAUUCAAUAUUUUCAUAAAUGGGAUAGCUGUGCUGGUUACUGAUGGAAUCGGCUCUGUGAAGAGCUACAGAACACACACGGAUAAAGACAAACACCUGCAGGCACACCACACACACUGGAAAACAUCACAAGAACAGUUCCUCAUACACACAGAUAAACAGACAAGCUUCCCCACUGCUUUAUGCCCACAGGCUUUAUAGGGUUCAUCUGUAUCACAAGCCUAAAGAGGAGCCUUUAAUUUGGGAGCAGGGGAAGGAAACAUGGUCAUGGGCCAUGGGCUGGUUUUCCGAUUAUGUUUGUGAUGAACAGUGCACACAGAGCUGCUGAGUCCACGGCCCCUGCCCACCUUGGAAUCUCAGGGCUGCCUCCUCUGGCCCAUUCACAUCCUUGCUGCUGGCAGGCAGGGUGUUUGGAAAUGGCAUGGUUGACCCUUGGUGACUGCAGCCCAAAGUCCCCGUCCCAGUUUGACUGGUGUCCUGGAACAUGUCCGUAUUUGAAGGCUGCCUAAGGCCUGACUGGCAGAGCAGCUGUGGUCUCUGGAAGCAAAAGGCAACUCAUGGGCCCUGCCCCUUCCAGCCAGGCCUCUGUGGGGCAGGGCCCCAGUGACAGUCCAGAGUGCUCUUGAGGGAGAAUUCACAUCAGGGUAGCCCGUCCCCUGAGAAGACAGGGGACAGAGGUCAGCCUCCUGGUUGGUCACCAUGGUUACAUGGUUAGUGUUUGAAAUUUCUCCUUUAGGGCUCUGGGAACAGUGUUGCUUAACUGAGGAUGGACUGGGUAUUUUUUUUCUGUUUGUGUGUGUAUGUGUUUUAGGGUAUUUAUGGUUUGAUGGCUUGUUUUGUGGCUGUGUUUUCAUUUUUGUUUCUGCAGAAGUGCCUUUUUGGAAGCAGCUGUGCUUGAGAGGCUGCAGGGGCUCUGGAAGGACCAGUGGGAAGCACUCUGGCUCUUGCUGGAGGGAGAGGAGGGGGAGGAAGAGCCUUCCCCCAGGAGGAUUGGGGCUUAGGUGGCUGUGUGACAACCCACAGUGCCCCAUGGGCUGUUUUGUUUGAACUCAUGUGAAACGAAUCUCAGAAACCACCAGCAUUCUUUGCUGCAUGUGCAGAAGCAGCAUAAAUUAGCAGCCCUCAACCCUGCCCUAAGAAGAGCCAGAUUUAAACAUCUCUCCCAGGCCCAGUCACACUCCCGGGGGUCAGGGCCUAUCACCAAGCAGCAAAUGUCCCCAAAGUGGAGGCCUUUCCCCACUCCCACCCCAACCUGGGGAGCAAAACUCAGUACCAUCUUAGAACUUUCAGGAAGCUGUAACAGUUCGCUAAGGGCUGUUUCCAAUUUCCUGGGUGACCUCUCUGUCAGAUCAGUCCCAUUGUCAAACCCAGAGGGCUGAGUAAUACGGACAUGAGGGAAAUACAAGAUCUGAGUCCAGCUCAUGUUGCUGUGGGGAAGGAAGGGGUGUGUCCUGGCUGAAAACUGCCUUUUGAAAAGUUGAGGAUAGUAGACAUCUUAUGGGAUCCCUUAUAACUGCCUUAUCUGAGUUGCCAGGCAUGUAUCACUAUGGACGUCAGCCAUUCAAGGAGGUCUCCACUCUAGGUUUUCCAGUCCAAGAAUAAGUUGUGCAGGGAGCUGGCUCUAAUUUAGGACUCCAGCUCUGAAAACUUAACCCUGGAACAGAGUGGGGCCAGGACUUUUCUGGCAGCCCCAGAAGUGCUGGUGGUUCUUUCCCAGCCCCUGUCCUGCUCCCUGUUCUGUCCCCACCUUCGGG